AUGCAGAAACUUGCUCUUCGCAUCUUGAGUCGUUUUUCGAGAAAGACAUUCAUUCGGAGUGCAUGGAAAAAUUUAAACAGCUUAAGUGAGCACGACGAACUUUCAGAUGCGCUUGACACCUUAAUAUCCAUGUCUCAUGAAGAAAAUGAGUUUAUCGAACUCAUUACGGUCAUUGUGGAUGUUCUUUCCGAAGCUCCCAUGGCAUCUGCGUUUUUAUGUCACAUUAUUGAUAGCGCUGCGCUUCCUUCCAAGGAAACCUCUCACAAAAUAACGACAAGGCUACUUCAAAAACUCAGACCCGGUGGCAUAUACCGAACAAAACCAAAAAAGCGUACACGUGUUAACGCAGCCAUAAUUUGGAGUGUACUCGCCGAAAAAUUAGCAGGCGAAAUCAGUUUGUCUUUAUUUUCGGAUAAUGUAUGUAAUACAUUACUGGGUUAUCUCCAACAUGACACUGACUCGAGCGUACGGCUGUUUUCCCUGAUAGCCCUCGAAAAAUUUGGGAUGACUGGUCAAAACAAGGAAAAGAUUAUUUCGUCUGAAAGAGAUAUACACAAGAUCUUGUUAGCCUUAGCCAAGGAGUUGCAAACUGAAAAUCCUACAGAUGAUGUCAAUCGUCGAAGGCAGUUGAAAUUUUGUGUGGAAUGGGCUUUAAAAAAUACUUUUGAAACAUCAGAAUCUGAAAAGGGCGAUUCAUGGGAUUCUAAUGAUAGUUCUGUAAACCCUAAUAUUAAUGUUAUGUUGAAUCCUAUGGAUGCAACGGCUCACUGGAAAAUAUCUCCUCACGGAUUGGAAAUAAGAAAUGAUAACUCCACGUUUGAAUCAAUACGUGCGACCAUGGGAGUUUCGUCGGGAAAGUGGUUUUAUGAAGUGUUGCUGCUCACAAAUGGAAUCAUGCAGAUCGGGUAUGCAACCAAGCGCUGCAUGUUUGGUCCCGAAGAGGGCACUGGAGUCGGUGAUGACCAACAUGGGUUUGCGUUUGAUGGAUGCAGAAAUGUUUUAUGGGCGAAUGGUAUAUCCUUGCCAUAUGGUGAAGCCGGGUCGUGGAAGCCUGGCGACGUUGUCGGCGUAUAUAUGGAUAUUUGUCUUGGAAUUAUUCGAUUUUUCCUAAAUGGAAAAGAUUUGGGUGAUAUUCCUCUUAAUCCCGAUCAAUUUCGGAAGUUGGCAGAGCAUGGAUUGCAUCCAGCUCUUUCCUUUACAUCAUAUCAGCAAGCUGUUAUUAAUUUUGGAGCUGAUAAAUUUCGCUAUCCGCCUCAAUUAGCUUUUCAAACACUUAAUAAUCACGGUCAACUUUCAUUCGAGUUACGUGAUUCAAUAAAAAAGAGAGUAUGGAGGGCUUCACGCUAUCGGUCGAUGUCAGUGAAUUCCUACUGGAAGCAACAAUUAUCGGAGGCUGAGGAAGAUUUUGAUACGCAGUGUUCCAUUUGCUUUGCCAUGCCCCCGAGUAUUAGAUUGAAUCCCUGUAAUCACGAUGGAUUUUGUGUUGAAUGUGCAAGAAUGAUGCAUUCAUGUCCACUCUGUAGAACACCAAUUUCCCUCAGGAAGCCUGCGAACAACAAAAGUUCAAGUUUUCCAUCUACACCUACUAAAUUAUCUAUCUCAUCAGCUUCUGCUUCUUCGUCCCUAUCAUCACCAUCAACUGCCAUUGUCUUACCACCGACGCCACCUCAUUCGCGUCCUGCUUCUUCUAUCACUUCAUGGGAGCCAGAUAUUUUACGAGGGUUAGAACCAUAG